AUGGACUCGCGGGCGCCAGAACCCGCGGCGGGGCCGCUCCGGGACGCUUGCGUCAGCUUCCCGGAACCGGUCCUGGGGGCGCGGCCCCGGGGGUCCUGCGGGCCUGAGGGUCACCUGGCUCGGGCAGGCUCAUGUCCCCUUCGUCCCUUCCUGGGACAGACCCAGGUCCCGCCCAGGCGCCCCUCGGCAGAGAAUCUAUUUCAAGAACUUCAAGAACAUUUUCAAGCUUUGACUGCAACAUUAAACCUCAGAAUGGAAGAAAUGGGAAAUCGUAUUGACGACUUACAGAAGAAUGUAAAUGACUUAAUGGUGCAAGCUGGGAUUGAAAGUCCUAUUAAAGAACAAAUGGUAAGAUCCUUAUUAUGAAACCAAAUCUGUUUAUCUUUUGCCCGUCUUUUGAUUGCGUUCAUCUUGAAAAAUACAAUCCCCUAUUUGUUUGCUAUUAAAUUACCUCUUCUGUACAUGAA